UCCAUUGUUUCUGGAAAGUUGAUGAUUUGUUGUUCCAUCUUGACAACCUUUUGUGUUGUUAUGCAGCACCAAUUCUGUAAUGGACAGCGGUUUAGAUUAACCUUUUAAAAUAUUGUCACUCUAACCAGCCACGCUGCCUUUUACAAAGACACUGUUGUACAAUAUUAAUAUUGCUAUUAGGACCAGUACCAGUAGACUAAAAACAGAAUCGACUCACAAGAACUUACUUAUACAUCCCAAACUGAAUUUCGAAGCAGAAGAAGAAAAAAAGGACAAUUUAAAAAAAAUGACGCUUCCCAGUGCGGCUCGUGUGUACACAGAUGUGAAUGCGCACAAGCCAGAUGAAUAUUGGGACUAUGAAAACUAUGUCGUUGAUUGGGGCAAUCAAGACGAUUAUCAACUGGUCCGUAAAUUAGGACGUGGAAAGUAUUCUGAGGUUUUUGAGGCUAUUAAUAUAACGACCACAGAAAAGUGCGUUGUCAAAAUUCUGAAACCUGUGAAAAAGAAGAAGAUUAAGCGUGAAAUAAAAAUUUUGGAGAACUUGCGUGGAGGAACUAAUAUAAUUACACUGUUGGCCGUUGUAAAGGAUCCAGUAUCCAGGACUCCGGCUUUAAUUUUUGAACACGUCAAUAACACAGAUUUUAAGCAACUUUAUCAAACGUUAACUGAUUAUGAGAUUCGCUACUAUUUGUUUGAGCUUCUUAAGGCACUCGACUACUGCCACAGCAUGGGAAUAAUGCAUCGCGAUGUGAAGCCUCAUAAUGUUAUGAUCGAUCACGAAAACCGAAAAUUGCGCCUUAUUGAUUGGGGACUAGCUGAAUUUUAUCAUCCCGGCCAAGAGUAUAAUGUGCGGGUGGCGUCAAGAUACUUCAAAGGUCCCGAAUUACUGGUAGAUUACCAGAUGUAUGAUUAUUCACUUGAUAUGUGGUCACUGGGUUGCAUGUUGGCAUCGAUGAUAUUUCGAAAAGAGCCGUUCUUCCACGGUCAUGACAACUAUGAUCAAUUGGUACGCAUUGCUAAGGUGCUGGGCACCGAAGAGCUCUACGCAUAUUUAGAUAAAUACAAUAUUGACUUAGAUCCAAGAUUUCACGACAUUCUACAACGUCACUCACGAAAACGAUGGGAAAGGUUUGUUCAUUCUGACAACCAACACCUCGUUUCUCCAGAAGCACUAGAUUUUCUAGAUAAACUAUUGCGCUAUGAUCACGUUGAUCGACUCACAGCUCGCGAAGCUAUGGCUCAUCCGUAUUUUUUACCUAUCGUCAAUGGACAAAUGAAUCCCAAUAAUCAGCAAUAAGUUCUUUCACUAUGAUGAAUACUGUGUUUCGAAAUCGGGAUAGCAGCCAUUUAACAUUUAUGAUAACAAUUACAAAAAAUAUAAACUCCGAAGAGAAAUAAAAUAAAAUAAGCUACUGUCUUAAAAA